UGGGGCCCAAAACUCUGGCUGCCCCUGGGUCCACCCCCUACCCCACCCCCUUGCAGCUCCCCUGCUGAUUGCCUUGGCCACUUAUCUUCUAAGCCACAGAAGUGGCUGUUAUCUCCUGGGCUGCUAGAGAACGGCAGGCCCCAGGAGUUCCGCCGAGCAUGCCUCCUUGGUCCCUUGGUAAUUCUGGACCCCCACCCAUGAACCUAUGCAGAAGGCCUGCAGCCCACGCCUGAGCACGGACCUGGUACCUGCCCCAGUCCUUCUGCUGACAAGCACAGGCAUCUGCAAGCCUCCAAGGGAGGGAGCACUCCGCCCCAAGACCCUGGACUCUCCAUAACCAUGACAACCAAUCACCAGCCUCAAGACAGGUACAAAGCUGUCUGGAUCAUCUUCUUCAUGCUGGGUCUGGGGACGCUCCUCCCCUGGAACUUCUUCAUGACGGCCAUGCAGUAUUUCAAAGACCGUCUGGAAAGACCGCAGAAUGCAUCCUUGGGCACUGCCCCCAUGGCCAAGGGCAUCCAGGCCUCCGCCAUGCCCCCUGCACCCUCUUCCGAGGGGGCUUCUCUCAGCGACAUCUUCAACAACGUCAUGACCCUGUGUGCCAUGCUGCCUCUGCUGCUCUUCACUUGCCUCAACUCCUUCCUGCAUCAGAAGGUCCCCCAGACCGUGCGGAUCCUGGGCAGCCUGGUGGCCAUCCUGCUGGUGUUCGCGAUGACGGCGGCCCUCGUGAAGACGCCCAUGGAUGCGCUACCCUUCUUCGUCUUCACCAUGAUCAAGAUCAUGCUCAUCAACUCGUUUGGUGCCAUCCUGCAGGGCAGCUUGUUUGGGCUGGCUGGCCUCCUCCCUGCCAACUACACAACCCCCAUCAUGAGCGGCCAGGGCUUGGCGGGUUUCUUCGCCUCAAUGGCCAUGAUCUGCGCCAUUGCCAGUGGCUCAGAGUUGUCGGAAAGUGCCUUUGGCUACUUCAUCACCGCCUGUGUGGUCAUCAUCCUGAGCAUCAUCUGCUACCUGGUCCUGCCCCGGCUGGAAUUCUACCGCUUCUACCACCAGCUGAAGCUCGAAGGGUCUGCGGAGCAGGAUACCAAGCUGGGCCUCAUCAGCAAAGGUCUGAGUAGCCCGGGAGAGAUGCCACAGGCCAGCAAAGAGGAGCCCAGGACCUUAGCCCAAGGCUCUCAGCCCGCCCCCAGCAGCAGCCCCUCCAUGAAAGCCAUCCUCAGAAAAAUCUCAGGCCUGGCGUUCUCUGUCUGCUUCGUCUUCACCGUCACCAUCGGGGUAUUUCCCGCUGUGGCUUCCGAUGUCAAGUCCAGCAUUGCGGGCGACACUGAUUGGGGAAAAUACUUCAUUCCGGUGUCCUGCUUCCUGACUUUCAAUGUCUUCGACUGGCUGGGCCGGACCCUCACAGCCGUAGUCACGUGGCCUGGAAAGGACAGCCGCUGGCUGCCGGGCCUGGUGGUGGCCCGGCUGGUGUUCGUGCCCCUGGUGCUCCUGUGCAACGUGCAGCCGCGCUACCACCUGCCCGUGAUCUUCAAGCACGACGCCUGGUUCAUCUUCCUGGUGGCCGCCUCGGCCUUCUCCAACGGCUACCUUGCCAGCCUCUGCAUGUGCUUUGGGCCCAGGAAAGUGAAGCCGGCGGAGGCAGAGACCGCGGGAGCCAUCAUGACCUUCUUUCUGUGCCUCGGCCUGGCCCUGGGAGCUGUCUUCUCCUUCCUGUUCCGGGCGAUCGUGUGAGCACGGAAGGUCGGACAAUAGGAUUGCACUGCCCGCCUACCGCCAGCCACCUUCUGCCUGUUAGGGAUGGGCAGAGGUGGGGGGUGGGGCUUUCUCUUCUAAAGGACCUCUGGCCCAGGAGGAGGGGCCCUGUAGGUUGACAGUGGGAAACCACAGUGGGCCUGGGGGCCAGAGUCAAGGGGUGUGGGGAGUAGUCUCUGCCUCAGCCCCUGCCCCCCCGCCAUUGACAUGGCUCCAUCUGGCCCCCAAUUGAGCAGGACCCCAGAGGCUCCUGGCUCAGUGGAGUGUGUCCACUACGUCUCCUUGGGUGUGUGUGCAUAACCCUGCCCGAGCACCAGGGGCGACUGGGGACCAGGAUUGACCAUGCUAUGGUCCGAUUUGAUCCAUCGUCCUCCUGCCCUGUUCCCCAUGCCUAGUUCCAACCCUUCACACACCCUGCCCAAAUUGCCAUUAUACUGCCAUCUUUUUAUACUGGAUAGAAACCUGGUGUCUUCAGAGACUGUAUUAAAUAAAUAAACCUUUUUCUUUUUUCCCUC